GUGCUGUGUUUCCUCAAAAGAUUAAAUUUUGACAGCGGCACCAAAAACUUUUUAUUAUUUUUUAUUCUUUCUCAUCAUCAUCUAAAUUAAAAUAAAAUGUCUUUAGCUCCUGUAAACAUCUUCCAGGAUCAAGCAACCGAAGAAAGAGCUGAAAACGCUCGUUUGUCUUCUUUCAUUGGUGCUAUUGCUGUUGGUGAUCUCGUCAAAAGUACUCUUGGCCCCAAGGGCAUGGACAAGAUUCUUCAAUCAGCUACCACUGGUGAAAUCUUGGUGACCAAUGAUGGAGCCACCAUCUUAAAGUCCAUUGCUUUAGAUAAUGCUGCCGCAAAGGUGCUUGUAAAUAUUUCCAAAGUUCAAGAUGAUGAGGUUGGCGAUGGUACCACUUCUGUCUGUGUUUUAGCUGCCGAACUUUUACGUGAAGCCGAACACUUGGUUAACCAACAUAUUCACCCUCAAACUAUUAUCGAAGGUUACCGUCUUGCCUCUGCUGCUGCAUAUAAAACCCUUGAGGAAAGUGCCAUCGAUCAUAGUUUAGACAAGGAGCUCUUCCGUUUGGAUUUAAUCAAUAUCGCAAAGACCACCCUCAGUUCCAAAGUCUUGUCCCAAGACAAGGAGUACUUUUCCAAAUUGGCUGUUGAUGCCGUUCUCCGUCUCAAGGGUUCUACCAACCUCGAAAAUAUUCAAAUCAUCAAGAAGCCCGGAGGAAAGUUGAUGGAUUCAUACUUGGAUGAAGGCUUUAUUUUGGAUAAGAAGAUUGGUGUUAACUGCCCCAAGCGUAUUGAAAAUGCAAACAUUUUGAUUGCCAACACAUCCAUGGAUACCGAUAAAAUUAAGAUCUUUGGUGCACGUGUUCGUGUCGAUGCUACUGGUAAGCUUGCUGAACUUGAACGUGCUGAGCGUAAUAAGAUGAAGGAAAAGGUUGACAAGAUCAAGGCGCAUGGUAUCAACUGUUUCGUGAACCGUCAAUUAAUUUACAACUGGCCCGAACAAUUAUUGGCUGAUUCUGGUGUUGCUACCAUUGAACAUGCUGAUUUUGAAGGUGUUGAGCGUUUGGCUUUGGUCACUGGUGGUGAAAUUGCUUCUACAUUUGACCAUCCCGAACUUGUCAAGUUGGGUCAUUGUGAUUUGAUUGAAGAAAUCAUUAUCGGUGAAGACAAAUUGAUCAAAUUCUCCGGUGUUGCUGCUGGUGAAGCCUGUACCAUCGUUCUUCGUGGUGCCACUCAACAAUUAUUAGAUGAAGCCGAAAGAUCUCUUCACGAUGCUCUUUCUGUUCUCUCCCAAACUGUACGUGAACCUCGUACCGUGCUUGGUGGUGGUUGUUCCGAAGUCUUGAUGUCCAAGGCUGUUGAUGAAGUUGCUGCAAAGACCGCUGGUAAGCGUGCUAUUGCUGCCGAAUCCUUCUCCAAGGCACUCCGUCAAAUGCCUACCAUUUUAGCUGACAACGCUGGUUUUGAUUCUUCCGAAUUAGUCUCUCAAUUAAGAGCUGCUCAUUAUGAAGGUAAAACCACUGCUGGUUUAGAUAUGGUUAAUGGUGUGGUUGCUGAUGUUAGAGAGUUGGGUAUCACUGAGUCUUACAAGCUUAAGAAGCAAGUUCUUUUAUCUGCUUCUGAGGCUGCUGAGAUGAUCUUGAGAGUUGACAACAUUAUUCGUUGUGCUCCUCGUCAAAGACAAGGUUAAACAAGAUUAACAACAAAAAAUAGGAAAAAUACAUAGUUUGGGUCAUUUGUAAUAAAAAAAAAAAAACCAUGAUAUAUCUAAAGGAUAUAUGCAUAUUAUACACAC